AUGCAUUUCCAGACGAUUGCAAGCCUUUUGGCGCUGUCUGGCGCAGCAAACGCCUUUCGCGACUCUUCGCCUUGGAUCUUCUUAUCAACCUCUCCCUUUGCCAAAGCUCCAAGCGCAGACCAGAUCCAAUCGAGCUCUUCAGUACUGAGCUUUGCGAAAGAUGUGUUGUCGACAUGCCCAACCGACCGAUAUCUCCUUGUUUCUCAGCCUGGCCUGAACGCCGCUGACCUCCGACGAUCUAAUGGCUGUGCCAUGCCACACCUUUGCCAGGCCGUCGAAGACAGCCGAAUUAGCGGAAAAGCCAUUGUCUCUGAGGUCGUUGGAGAUUUGGCAGGUGCUAAUUUGUCAGAAUUCAUCAAACUUGCGUGUGCCAAGAAGGAUAAAAUGGUUCCCGUAGAGGAUAUCCGCCUGGCAGCCUUGUCUGUAGAGGACAGAACUAGAUCAUUCUCUGAUAACGAUGACGCUCUGGCACGAAGCCUUGCAAAGAUCACUGCAGACAACAGCUACACAAUCAUCGUUUUUUCUACGCCACAUGAGCCAACUUACGAACCCGAUUUCGUAGACCCCGUUCGCAUGGACCUGAAGAGACACGUUCAGAGCGCGCAGGUGCAGCAACGAGACAACAAGACUGACUGGGACAAGCUUCCCCUUUUCGAGAAAUACCAGUUCUUCACUCCCGGUAUUUUCAUGGCUCUUAUCACCGCCAUUGUUCUGCUUUCUAUCCUCGGUGUUGGAAUCAAAGCCCUUGGCAGCCUUGAAGUUUCAUAUGGUGCAUUUGAGAAAGACAUGGGCCCUGCCGCACAGAAGAAGAAUUAG